AUGAACAUUUCCGAUGCCACUUUCCAACGUCUUGAGGCCGAGUUCAACGCCCCUUCCGUCCGCAGUUCAACUUCCCCCCUUCUCAAUCGUCAGUGGAUCUCCGAUGCCGAGGCUCAACAGCGGGCCGGAGUCAAUCCUUUCCCCCCAGGAGUAGUUGCCCCUCGCCCCGUCUUUGACAUCAAAAAAAUGCGCGAGUUGCUGGACAUGAACAACUUUGCCCUCCGCGACAGCUUCUAUGAGCUCUUCAAGAACCCCGUCUUCUUCCCGCGCUAUAACGAAUCCCUCGCCGAACAGAGGGCACGCACCAUACAGAGGUGGCGCCUCAUCGCAAAGACCGGCGUUUUUCACAACACCUUGCAGACUUUUACGGCAGAGGGACGCCAGCGGUAUGAAGCCACCCUUGAAUCUGUUGGUGCCAUGGAGCACAGCAUGGAGAUUAAAAUGGGGGUUCACUACGGACUUUUCGGCGGGACCGUGAGCUUAAUGGGCGACGACGAGCAGUGCGCAAAGUGGACGCCCAAGAUCGAGAACUGCCAGAUGCUCGGUUGCUUUGCCAUGACGGAACUGGGGCAUGGAUCCAACGUCAAGGGCAUCCAAACGAAGGCCGUCUACGAUAUCCCCUCCCAAACAUUCAUCGUGAACACCCCCUGCGAAGAAGCUCAAAAGUACUGGAUAGGUGGCGCCUUCCAAUCUGCACGCUGGACCGCCUUAUUCGCACAGCUCUACGUCAAAGGCGUCUGCCAUGGCGUGCACCCCUUCCUAGUCCGCAUUCGCAACGAAGAUGGCACUACCGUCCCGGGUGUAACCAUUGGCGACUGCGGCGCCAAGAACGGUCUCAACGGCGUGGACAACGGUCGAAUGUGGUUUUCCAACGUGCGCGUUCCCCAUGACCACCUCCUCCGCCGCCAUUCGCAGGUGUCCCGUGACGGCACGUUCACCUCAAACUUCAAGUCUGCUGACGAGCGCUUCGGUGCCUCUCUCGCGUCGCUCUCCGGUGGACGCGUCAGCGUGUCUGCGGGGUCCCUCGUCCAAGCCAAGCUGGCGCUGUCCAUCGCCAUCCGGUAUGGCCUCUCGCGCAAAGCGUUCGGGCCACCGGGGCAGGAAGAGACGCGGCUCAUGGACUACCCCGCGUACCAGGCGAGGCUCAUCCCCCCGCUAGCAACCACAUUCGUCAUGCAGCUAGUGCUCAACCAUCUCAAAGCCAAAUGGCAGCGAGGGGAGCUCGGGCGCGAACUCCACGUGUGGAGCUCCGGAUUCAAGGCUCUCAUCUCGUGGCACUCCCUACAAACGCUGCAGGAGACACGCGAAGCGUGCGGCGGGCAGGGGUACAAAUCGGAAAACCGCAUCGGCCCGAUGAAGACCUCGCACGACGUGGCCCUGACGUACGAGGGCGAUAACCACGUCCUGCUGCAAGCGGUGACCAAGACGGUGUUUAGUGAGUUCAUGAAGGGCGUCCGCAGCGGUGGCAACUUCAAGGGUCACUUUGCAUACCUCAAGGACGCAGAGGGCCUGAGACAGGCCGACCUGUCCGGCAUGGACGCGCGGUCCGCGGCGUUCGCGCUGACAGUAAUGCGGCGGCGCGAGGCGGCGCUGUUCGCAAGGCUGGCAGCCGAUCUACAAAAGCGAACAGCGACGGGAGUGUCGUCGCUCCAGGCAUUUAAUGACUGUGCCGUGCUUGUGGAGGACGCUGGGCGGGCACACGUGGAGCUACUGAUGGUAGAACUGUUCCAUCAUACGCUGGGUGACUUGCAGCGGGGCGGCGAGACGGAGGUGGCCGACAUGCUCAGGCUUUGUGGAGCACUCCACACGGCGAGAACAGUGGAUGAGCAGGUCGUGUUCUUGAGGUGCGGGGCCGUGUCCGUCGGCGAGGCACAGAUGAUGCAUGCUAAUGUGGGGCGGUUUUGCGAGACGCUGAGACCUCACGUAUUAUCGUUGGUGGAGUCGUUUGGUUACCCGCCGCAUCUGCUGGCGCCGAUCGCUUUCGAUUACGUAGCGCAUAACAGCAAGUCGAGGUUGUAGGAGAAGGGGGUUAGGGAGGAUGCGUGUAAAUUACUGUACCGUAGCUAGAGUAGGAUUGUAAAGCGCCUCUCACAGGCACACAGAUUGAGCCCUA